UGGCAAAAUGAAACUAAUGAUGCAGGUAAGAUUUCCAGAAGCAGCUCUUCAGAAUGAGCCCUCGCUGUCAGCAAUUCUGCCAAGAAAUGGAGCCUUUUCUCUCUUCCACCUGCCACCCCUCUGAAGUAGUUCCUGUGGACAGAUUCACACAGCCAGUGCAGGAGGCCUUGUCUACACUCAAGGAAUGGGAGACUUGCUGGUGCCUAUUUCAUCCACAAACCGCCUUUGAUCGCAUUUGGAAGAGUCUCUUGGCCUGAAUUAAAGUGCUUUGGAGUAACUUCUGAGUCCCAGCAACAUGAGUGAAGAAACUCGUAGAAGUCUCCUACGUGACUGCCUGGUUGAGCUCAGAUGCCACUUUACCUGGGAGUUGGUUAUAGAAAAUGUGGACAUGCCUGAUUUGGAAAUAAGAAUCUCAGAGACUGAGUUCCUUGAUACCAACUAUAGCAUCGGGAUGCACAACCUCCAGGCCUACCUGAGCCACCUGAAAGGCCAGCAGGACCAAGCCCUGCAGAGCUUGAAAGAAGCUGAAGCCUUGAUCCAGAGAGAGCAGUUGGGCAAGAGAAGCCUGGUGACCUGGGGCAACUGUGCCUGGGUGCAUUACCACAGGGGCAGCUUGGAUGAAACCCAGAUCUACCUGGACAAGGUGAAGAAGGUUUGCAAGGAAUUUGCAAGUCCCUUCUGCUACAGGAUAGAGUGUGCUGAGAUGGACUGUGAGGAAGGCUGGGCCUUGCUGAAGUGUGGAAAACAAUAUUAUAAACGAGCCCUGGACUGCUUUGCAAGGGCUCUGGAAGAGGAGCCAGACAACCCUGAGUUCAACACUGGCUAUGCAGUGGUAGCCUAUCGCCUGGAUCACAAUGAGGGCACUUCUCUGGAACCUCUAAGGAAGGCUGUCAGCUUAAAACCAGAAGAUCCAUACACUAAAGUUCUCCUUGCCUUAAAGCUUCAGGAUUUAGGAAAAGCAGAUGAAGCAGAAAUACACAUUGAAGAAGCUCUGCCCAGAAUAUCCCAGAACUAUAUCUUUGGAUAUGUAGCCAAAUUUUACCGAAGGAAAGGUUUUGUGGAAGAAGCUCUUAACUUCUUUGAAAGAGCCUUGCAGACGAAUCCUUUAUCCACCUACUUGCAUUUCCAGAUUGGUCUUUGCCAUCAGAGACAACUGUUUCAAAUAAAGGAAGCUGCAAACAUGCAUCCUAGAGGGAAAGAUAGAGAAAGAGCAGACCAAUCCAUUCAUUUGGCUAUACGUUAUUUUGAAAAGACUUUAGAACUGAAACCCACAUAUGAGAUAGCUUAUGUUAAUCUGGCCGAAAUGUACUCAGAGAUUGGUCAACUUGAAAAGGCAGAGGAAAUUUUUCAGAAAGUGUUGAGCAUGAGUAACUUGGAAGAGCAUAUGCAGCAAGAGAUCCAUUUACGCUAUGGCCGCUUCCAACAAUUCCAUGUCAAAUCAGAACAGAGAGCCAUCACCCACUACUUAAAAGGCCUGAAAAUAGAGGCAACUUCUCACUCCAGGGAUAAACUGCUCAAGGCUUUGGAGAAGCUAGUUGAAAGACGAAUUCACCAGAAUAGUCGUGUCCUGGAAAGCUGGAGCCUCCUUGGUUUUGUCUACAAGCUGAAAGGGGACACAAGUGAAGCCUUGUCAUGCUAUGAGAAGGCCCUGAGGCUCACAGGAAAACUGAACCCAGAGUUUUGAGUUAUGGGUCAUUAAGUCGCUUAUUAAGUAUGGACAUGACUCCCUAUUUCUAACAUUACUAGGGGAAAAUAGCUCAAGCUACCUCUGGUCUCACAGAAUGAAGUGGUAUAACUUCUAGCCAGCAUAUUCUAGAGGGUCCUGCUCAGACCUGCUUAGAUUGGUGGCUCUAGAUGCAGCCAAACAGAAACACAGCAAAGCCUUUUGUUCAUUAAAGUUCUGGGCAGGUCAGCUUUCUGGUCAACCACACUCAGAACUAAUACUGAUCCUCUCAGAGGCCCAUUCCAUAGGAAGGAGUAGGCUAAUGUCGUUCCUUUUAUUCCUUGUGAUUCCAACCCGGACCUUGCUAAACAUUUGUAACCCUUGGAGCUCAGGGCAGAGAAGACUGUAUUUUUUUUUUUUCUUAGCUUUCACAGUAACUAAUAAUAUCUGCCUUCCCUCUGCCAUCAGUGCUUCUGUCUUUCCCUGAUUGGUAUUUGUCAGGAAUGUUAGCCCUUCCUCUCAGUUCUCUCUGUCUUCCAGUGGCAGUUGUAGUUUCAGCUUUAAAACAUUACGUUUAGUAUGAUUACUUUUUACUUACCAUAAAAUGCACUUAUUAAAGAUUUAUGCACCCUGAGUCUCAA